AUGGCGUCGUAUGCUCGCCCCACGGUCCCGGCUGGCCCGCGUCUGUCACGCGUUUGCAUCGCGCACGGCGGGCUUCCCGGGCCCCGCACCACGGCCCGCGUCACCGUUCCUCUCACGCUGGGGACACUGCCGCGGGGGCCGGGGAGUCCGGGGGCGGGGGGCGGGCGGACCCAGGCAGUCCGGGCUCCGGAAGUGCGGCGGAAGACCCUGCUGGAGUCGCCCUCGCCUCGGGGCGGGAGCGCUCGGAGGAACGGCGCGGGACGGGCUCGCAGGCGGAGAACGGGCGGCCGCGCGUCCCGAAGGACCGGGAGGACAGGAGCCUGCGUGCUGCGCGGCCCACCCGAGGACGGGGUCCCCACGGUUCGCAGGACAGCCCCGGGCCGGACGCCCCACGCGUGUUCUCGGCGCCGGCUGCCUCGCCUGCGUGGUUUUACCUACACCUCCUUACAGCCGCGGACGCCGUGGUGUUGUCAUCGUGCCCUUAGGGACCCUGAGGCCUUGGGAGGGAGGUUAAGGCACUUCACCUGCGUUUGCACAGCUGUCCGCUGGUGUCUGUGUAAGAAGAAGUUGGACACACACAGAGACCCCAUGGUUUCAUGCAUCCAGAGGGAACACUGCGAGGACGUAGAAGGUGGCCAUCUGCACACAACGAGAGUGGCCUCAGAAGAAAUCAGUUCUGCUGACACCCUGAGCUUGAACUUCCCGCCUCCAGAGCUGUGAAAAUAAAGUUUUGUUUAAGCCGCCCAGUCUGUACUGUCUCGUUAUGGUAGCCUGAGCGAGCUAGCAUACCACGUCAUUAGUGAUAGAUAGCAAUUACAGUAAUAAGAAGCCUGUAAGGAAAGUAUGGGGUUCAUGAGAGGAUAUAGCAAAGGCACCUAAACCUUUCUGGCCUGGAAAACGGAGGGACUCUUGAAAGUGUUGACAUUGUAGUUGAGAUCUGAAAGGGGACGAUUUAGCCUGGGGAAUAGCCUUCCAAUCAAUCUUCGUUUUGUGCUACCAUCACUCCCAUACAUGCAUGGGACGCAUUUGUAGGAGUUCUGACAAUUCUCACUCCAUCUUGUCCAUGUUUCCUUAGUGGCCUCUCUUGGGGUUCUAGGUUCCAGGACCCCUGGAGAUGAAUGUACAUGCCUUGGAAAUGCCAACAAAAGCUGGGAUGAGGAGAGGCUUGUUUUGUCCUCCCAUGACUUUGUUAGAGAUAAUGUAGUUUCCCCUUCUUGACACAGGUGCUGCCAUAAGAUAACUAAAGUUUAGCUGUCAGGUGUGUGCGAGCCCUUUGAGGUGUGUUUGAACCCUUUGAUCUCAGUACAGUGCCCUUUUGCAUGUUUCUUACCUUUAUGAAAUCUGUACAUUAAGGUCUGGAUUUUUCAGAGAAUAACUGUGCAGCUGCUGUGACUUGUUCUCUGCCCAAUCCCCGUUGUUAGUAAGUUACCCUGAAUAAAACUCUUUGUAAACUGUG